CGCUUCAAGCACCCCCGAACACAGCUCAACAACCACAGCAAUGGCCCUCAAGUUGGUAACCUUUUCUUGCCUUUUGGCUGCCGCUUAUGGGAGCGUUGUUCCCGCCGCCUAUGCAGCUGCGCCUCUGGUAGCAGCAGCUCCUGCAGUAGCGGCAAGAAUCGAAGAAUUCGAUCCUCUUCCUCAAUACAGAUUUGGCUAUGAUGUAGCGGACUCUUUAACCGGUGAUUACAAAAGUCAACAAGAAGAACGCAAUGGAGAUUUGGUUCAAGGAUCUUACUCUUUGGUUGAACCCGACGGCACACGUCGUGUCGUGGACUACGCCGCUGACUCCAUUAAUGGCUUCAAUGCCGUAGUACGUAAAGAGCCACUCGUGGCGGCUGCGCCUGCAGUUGUUGCAGAGCCCGCAGUAGUACCCGCUCGUUAUGCAGCAGCUCCAGUGGCUGCUGCUCCUGUAGCCGCUGCUCCUAUAGCCGCUGCCCCUGUUGCAGCACCGUACUACGCCGCUCGCUACGCAGUUGCUCCUGCAUAUUCGGCACCCUAUGUUACUGCAGCCAGAUAUGAAGCCGCUCCCUUCGUAGCACGGUACGCUGCUGCUCCAGUAGCUGCUGCACCGGUCGCUGCUGCACCGGCUCCUAUCUACGCUCGUUAUGCGACCGCACCAGUAGCUCCCGCACCUGUUGUUGCUGCGCGCUACGCAGCUCCUUCCGUAGUUGCAGCACGCUAUGCUGCAGCUGGCCCAUAUGCUGCCUACACAGCUCCAUUUUCUGCAGCCUACACAGCUCCAUUUUCUGCGGCCUACACCUCAUAUGCCUCUCCAGUAGCUGCAGCAUACACCACCUACACCGCAACGGGACCCGUGUCAGCAGCUCCAGUUGCUGCCGCGUACGCUGCUCCUAUCGCUGCGACAGCGGUACCAGCUGUGGCCUCCACCGUUCGUGCAGCUCCCGCUAAGCUCAUUGAAACUACAGCUGCUGGAUACCGUUACCCCUAAACAAGAUAAAAUUCCCAACGACUCCUCAAUUUACUCCUAAAGACUUGAUUUGUAAAUAGUUAUGAUUAUUUUUGUUUAUUU